GAUCUCUCUGCAUCCCCCCCGCCCUUCUUCAGCAUCCUUCGCUGCGCGGCGCUGCUGACAGCGGGGCUGGGUGGGGCCUUUUUUCUCUGCAGCCGCAGCGGCGGCGAUGCUCCGGUCUCCGCUCAGAUGAUGGCUGUGGGGCGGCUGCUCCUCCAGCCGCGGCCGUGAGAUCCGCAGCAGCACCCGGCCGGGAGAGACGCGGUGCGGGGUGAAGGCAGGACCCUGCAGCAAGGCUCUUCUCCGCGAUGCACCAGGGCUGAGACCCGCGCGCCUGCCGGGGGUUUGCACUUGCCUAAGGUCGCCAAGGACGUGGGCAAAUCCGCAGCUUUGACCGACCAUUGCUUGGGGGUGGGCAGCGUUUCCUUUGCCUUGCGUUUGGGCUGGGCUCUGCCGGAGUCCUGGCCCUUUGCAAUUAGUCCCGAGCCUGCUGCUUGCAGUUAGGGACUGUGCUAGGCUCGGCACCGGUUUCCCCUCCGAGGGGCCGCGUGCACCGGCGCAGCUCGGAUUGUCCCCCGCUCCCCAGUUCUUGAACUGGCACCGAAUUUCCUUUCCCAGCCCCUCGGCCGGGGGCUAUUUCUGGAGCGGGUGCGAGUGGAUUACUUCGCUGUGUUCUUUGCAGGGCGUGCGGGGAGAGGCCAGGCUGUCUAGGAGGGGAGAGGUUUGAGGCGUCGCCAUGGCUUGGCCCUGCAUCACCCGGGCGUGCUGCAUCGCCCGCUUCUGGAACCAGCUGGACAAGGCGGACAUCGCGGUCCCUUUGGUCUUCACCAAAUACUCCGAGGCCACCGAGAACCCCGCGGCCCAGGUGGGUUUGCAGCAGCCACGCCCUUCCUCUGCCAUCGAGACCCAGCCCUCCAUCCUCGGCGGCGACCUGGAUGCAGUUGCCAGGGCGACUGCGGCUGGGGGGGACCACAAGGCUGGGCCGGGGCAGCAGCCGCUGGCCGACUCGGUGAUGCGCCAGGACUACAGGCACUGGAAGGCGCAGCGGCCGGAGCCUAGCUGCAAACCCAAGAGCGAGUACCAGCCCUCGGAAACCCCCUUUGAGACGGAGAGCCAGUACCAGAAGGAUUUCCGAGCCUGGCCCAUCCCCAAGAGAGGGGACCAUCCCUGGAUCCCCAAGCCAGCCCCGUCCCCUGGGCCAGCCUCGGACAAGGGCCCCCAGGAGAAACCUCCCAGCCAGGAGAAGAGGAGGAAGCUGCAGCCAGGGCAGGAGAAGAAGGAGGAGGAGGCAGAGCAAAGGGCAAAGGAGGAGCAGCCCAAGGCAGCCAGGGCUGAGGAAGGGUGGAAGAAGAGGGUCCAGGUGGUCGAGGAUGGGGGGCAGCAGCAGCCCGUGCUCUCGGCGUCCCAGGAGGCGGCCAAAGGGCGAGCAGCGGUGGAUGCCCUCAACAAGCAGAUCAGGGAGGAAUCGGCAGCUGGGCUGAGCAGCUCCUACAGAAAUGAAUUCAGACCUUGGGUAGACGUCAACAGAGUCAAGCUUAUAAAAGCUAAAUCCCAGUACAAGCCCCCGGACGAGAAAGUGAGCCACGAAACCAGCUACAGUUCUCAAUUCAAGGGGGAGCCCAACAAGCCUGUACAAGCCGAUAACAAAUUCAUCGAUCGCAGAAGGAUACGCAGCCUGUACAGCGAGCCCUUCCAAGAAUCUUCAAAGGCGGAGAAGCGUAGUGUUCAACCUUCCAAACCAAAAAAGACAACAACGAGCCAUAAACCACUGAAAAAGGCCAAAGACAAGCAGAUCGCAUCUGGCCGGGCUGCCAAGAAAAAGAGUGCCGAGAGCUCCAGUGGGACAAAGCCAGAGGACAAGGAGAAAAGACCCUCGAUAAAGCCACCGGUACUACAGACCAGGAAUCAAGUACCUUAGCCCAGGACCCACCCACAUGAAGUGAAGCACUUCAUUCUGAGUGGCAGCUGGGAUAAACACAUAGCCUGCAUGAAACGUGUAUAGUCCUACGGCGUACAAUAAAAAUGGUGAACUGCUUGGAA